UGCUCAACGCUGUAAAAAUGUAAAAGAAUACAUUUGCCGCACAAUUCACAGGCCAGCUUGACAUGGUCCAGAUUCCAUUGCUUCACUACAUCAUCGUACCAUUUGCAUCAUGGCGGAGAGCCGCAGGCGUUUCCGCAACAAAAAACGGGAUGAAGGGCGUCCAGGUCCAUCAGCGUCGACGCCCGUAACAAUUGCACGGCGCGAGAAUUUGCGUUCACCGGUUGUGACGUGCGUGCAGCCAAAGAUAUUGCUGAAAAAGGAGCUCGAUGCGAAUACCGGCAGCAGCAGCAGCGGCAGCAACACCGAGCUGACCACAUCCUUCAAAACGAUAAUCAUCAAUCGCAGCGAGCUGCCAACCCAGCAGCGCAACAGCUGCGAACGUGCCGCAGGCUUCAGCUCCAUCUCCAGCGUGGCAAUAACUACAGCUGCUACGACCACGACGACGCCGACGACUAGUAACACAACUCUUUCUACUCCUGCUCCUACACCGACAACUACUACGACCAGCAAUUCUGCUUCAAAUGCAACCACAUCCGCAUACGCAUCCUCAUCCAGUGUAUGCCCCGCACUAAACUCAGCCAGCAAGGAGAAGGCAAAUGGUAGUACAUCGACUGGAGGCAUGCAGGAUGUCCAGUUGGUGCCGCCGCGCAUGACGCGACCAACGCCGCUGUUGAAUGCGAAUGCCCGAAAAUUUUUCCACAAGAGCAACACAGACUUCACCGUCAUCGGUGUGCUCGGAGCGCAGAGCGUGGGCAAAUCGACGCUGCUCAAUCUGUUGGCUCAGGAACGUUCCAGCGACUACGAUUACUAUCAGCAUCUGUUUGCGCCCGAUGCGAACGAAUGCAUAUUCCCCAUUAGGCAUCGAUCCAAAUCGCAGCAGACAGCCAGCUCCAGUUCUGCGUCCGUCGUUGCCAAGUACGUGCUGCGUCCACGCACCGAUUGCCUCCUGUUUUUCAUCACACGAGAGCGAUAUGUGCUGCUGGACUCGGCACCGAUGCUGACUGGCGACGGCACCGCCAAGGAUGCGGAUCACUUGGAUCUGCAUACGCUGUCCAGCAUGAUGCAGCUGCUCAGCGUCUGUCAUAUCCUGCUGCUGGCCAUCGAUGACAUCAAUCUGGAGCAGUUGCGUCUCCUCCAUGCCGCGUUGCGUCUCCGCCCGCGCAACCCCAACAAGAGCCAUGUGCCCGACUAUCUGCCCCAGGUGCUGUUUGUGCGGACGCGCGCCCAGCGCCAACACUUUGAGCCCAUUCACCGCGAGCGCCUGGACAGGCAGCUGGAGCUGCUGUACUCCGGCACCAAUUUACCCAUCUAUCGGGGACGGGGCGAGGCGCGUACAAUUAACACACUGCUGCUGCCCCAACUGAGCAGCAAUGCGGCCACAGCGCAUCAUCCCAAUCUGGCGGAGGUGGUGCGUCAGUUCCGUGAGCGCGUCCUCGGCACAGUGCGAAUGGCGAUGUGCCAGCAGCAGAACAGCAACGAUUUCAGCGAGAUGCACUGGUUCGACAUGCUUGCGGAGACAGUCAGCAAAUGCAACGCGGCCAGCCAGCACUUUGAGCAGAUCUAUGCCGAGAACAAGCUGAGUCAUCUCGAGUUGCGCUCCAAGCUGCCAAGCUGCGAUUCCAACUGGCGCAACGACUCCUGCUGAGCAGCAGCGUCAUGGAUUAGAGUGGGACAGCUAUAGAUGAGAUUAUCUUAUAUAUGUAUAUAUGUAGAAAUGUAUAUAUUAUUGAUCGACUUUUGGAAAGUCGGCCUGAUCGAACCGAUCUUUGUUGCACAACUUUUUACAGGGUAUGUAAAGUGACACUGCCUAGCUGUGUGCUUCCUUUGGUGUUUAUUGAUUUCAAUUCAAUUUUUUCUUUUCAAAUUCAAAUUACAAUUUGUACUUUUUUUGUUGUCAAUUUUGGAUGAAUUCAAAGAGAAACAUUUUGGAAAAUGCGUUUAAUGCAAUUCGAAGAGAAAGGCGUAAAUUUAGGUCAAAGGCUGUUUGUGAAUAAACCGAGGACAACAAAUUUAUGUUUGUCCUGCAUUUGAAAA